ACCUUCUUCCGAGGCAGCGGCGGCAGCAGCCAGGGAGGCCGGGGCUGCGCGCGGGCCGGGGGCGGGGGCUGGGGCCGGGCCUGGGGCGGCGGGGCCGGCGCCUCCGCUCUCCUCCAGCUCCUGCUUCAGCCUCUGCUCCCGCUGCGGCCGUGGCCCCUCUCCGCGCGGCUCUCCGCGCUGCGUGCCCGCCGAGCCCGCCGCUCCCCGGCCCAUGUACUGGAAGCAUGAGAACGCCGCCCCGGCGCUGCCCGAGGGCUGCCGGCUGCCGGCCGAGGGCGGCCCCGCCACCGACCAGGUGAUGGCCCAGCCAGGGUCCGGCUGCAAAGCGACCACCCGCUGCCUUGAAGGGACCGCGCCGCCCGCCAUGGCUCAGUCGGACGCCGAGGCCCUGGCAGGCUCUCUGGACAAGGACGAAGGCCGGGCCUCCCCCUGUACACCUAGCACGCCGUCUGUCUGUUCACCGCCUUCUGCCGCUUCCUCCGUGCCGUCCGCCGGCAAGAACAUCUGCUCCAGCUGCGGCCUUGAGAUCCUGGACCGGUAUCUGCUCAAGGUCAACAACCUCAUCUGGCACGUGCGGUGCCUCGAGUGCUCCGUGUGUCGCACGUCGCUGAGGCAGCAGAACAGCUGCUACAUCAAGAACAAGGAGAUCUUCUGCAAGAUGGACUACUUCAGCCGAUUUGGGACCAAGUGUGCACGGUGCGGUCGACAGAUCUAUGCCAGCGACUGGGUGCGGCGGGCACGCGGCAAUGCCUACCAUCUGGCCUGCUUUGCUUGCUUUUCGUGCAAGCGCCAGCUGUCCACGGGCGAGGAGUUUGGCCUGGUCGAGGAGAAGGUGCUGUGCCGCAUCCACUACGACACCAUGAUCGAGAACCUCAAGAGGGCCGCCGAGAACGGGAACGGCCUCACGCUGGAGGGGGCAGUGCCCUCGGAACAGGACAGUCAACCCAAACCGGCCAAGCGCGCGCGGACAUCCUUCACCGCCGAGCAGUUGCAGGUUAUGCAGGCGCAGUUCGCGCAGGACAACAACCCCGACGCACAGACGCUGCAGAAGCUGGCGGACAUGACGGGCCUCAGCCGGAGGGUCAUCCAGGUGUGGUUUCAAAACUGCCGGGCGCGUCAUAAAAAGCACACACCACAGCAUCCCGUGCCGCCCUCCGGGGCGCCGCCGUCCCGCCUCCCUUCCGCCCUGUCCGAGGACAUCCACUACUCCCCGUUCAGCAGCCCCGAGCGGGCGCGCAUGGUCACCCUGCACGGCUACAUUGAGAGUCAGGUACAGUGCGGGCAGGUGCACUGCCGGCUGCCUUACACCGCACCCCCCGUCCACCUCAAAGCCGACAUGGAUGGGCCGCUCUCCAACCGGGGUGAGAAGGUCAUCCUUUUUCAGUACUGACGCCGCGGGCCCUGGUGCCUCUGUCCGCGGGCACCCCACCGCCGCCCCGCAGCCGCUGAAAGCCGGUGUCCGAGCCACUGCCAGGGAUCCACCCGCUCCGUACCCACCCUCCCCCACCUUCCUGACAGCCACCAGCCCGGCCCUGGGGCCUGGCCUUCCCUCCUCCUGCUGACAUCCAGAACCUGCCAAGAGCACUUGCGGGGUCCUCCUCUGGGAAGGCAGAGCUCCCUGAAAUCUGGAAUCAGGAUGAAAACAACUGGCCUGUUUUUCCAUCUAGACAGGAGUCAUCUUCAACUUCAGCCGAUUUCAAUAGCAAAAGGCCAAAUCGAAUCGUGCAACGCCAACAGCCUUCUAAUUUACAGGUUUUCUUUCUUCCCGUAUUGGCCUUUCUUUACUACUUCCUUGCAACCAUCUCUGAAUUCUGAAUAGCCGACAACCCCCAAUGUUAUCCACUCUGUUGCUUUUGUCUGGAAAACUCUACAGUGUUUGUGGGAUGUCCCCAAAGGAAAGCUAUGUUCUAAUUUUAUCAUUUCCAUCUGUCUGGUUAUGUCAAGUUAAUUCAGAGAGAGAAGAGACACUGACCAACACUGAGAGGCCCAAUAGGGCAGAGAUGGAGGCCUGCCCAGACCAAGAGGCGGGGGAUAGGCAGGGGCUGGGGUGGGGGUUGCGGCUACGACUCCCACUGGAGAAGGAUGUGGCUUGCUGGGCUGGUGGGGGGAGGCAUUGGCUAUUUUAAGGAGAGGAAAGAGAAGAUGUGGGGUGUGUCUGGGUGAGGGGGAGACUCUGUUCCUACCUAGUUAUCCAGCAUAUAUAGAGGAGACGUGGCAGAGAUGGUGUUUGAUAUGCGUGAUGGCAUUUCUGAACGCUUAUGCAGGGUAGCAUUGGUGGCCACUUGCUGACUCCUGAUAGGGUUGGUUGGGCCACAUCUUCCUUGGAGGGGCCAUCCUGGAGGGGGAGCUGCAGAAACAGAGCCCAGGGAAAUGGUAGUAGGAAUGCUCAUUCUGGACGCAGGUCUGAGUAGAGAGAGGGUACCUGCUGCCUAGGUGAGUGUGCCAAGCCCCGGAUUCCAGGGAGGCACGUGGGGGGCUUCCCCACCAGCCCUGCAUGGAGCCAGUCCCACCCCCUCAGGAGCAGAGGCCAGACACAGCUGUGCUCACAUCCACCCUAUUCUGCUGCAACUCUUCCACCCCAAACAAAAGGGCUUGGGCUGCACAAGACCAUGAUUUAUGUUUUCAGGGGACGCCCAUUUGUCCCAAGCGUAUCCUGUAAUUUCAGAAUUACUUGGUGUCCUGAUGCAUUUCCCACCAGAGGUUGCUAGUAAGCCUGUUCUAGCCCAAGUCCUCCCUCCUGCUUCGGUUAGCCGGAUGCAUUGCUUCUGGAAGGAGACUCUAGGAUGGGAAGUGCACGUUCACGGCACACAGGCAUCUGCUGUCCCCACUUUCACCCGUGGUAGACAUCGCUGAUGGAUUGUAUCACUCUCGGAGUCUGGAUCAGGUUUCGGAAUCCAAAGGCUUGAAGUUGGCGCUUAAAAUGAAAACUUAUAUGCCUUUCUUGCUCUGGGACCUGGAGGAGGGCAAGGCAUGGGUGUAGCCGAAGAAGGGAACUGGCUUCCUUUCCCUUCCGAAGGCAGCUCUGGGGGACUCAGGGCCAAGAGAGGGUAGCACCAGAACAUGGUCAGUGCAGCUCGAUUCAGAGCUUAUCCAAUGAGUGGCGUGUACUGGCCCUGUGCAGGGUGCUGGGGCCCAAUCCCUGGUGACUGGGGAGCUCUCCUGCUUCCUUUGAUUUUUGCUCCUGAUGAUUGAAGCCCCAAGCACAGCCAUGUGGUACACAUGUGGCCAUGGCCAAGUGGGCAACCAAACCCUGCCAGGACCCACUCUGCCUUGAGCCUUCCCCCAGGGUCUGUUCCUUGCGUGGAUCACGUGGUUGUAGCACGUUGCCAUUCAGACAUGUCUCCACUAGCCUGUUAGAGCAGCCUGGGAACACACAGGCCACCAAGACUAUUUAUUUAAAUACAAAACAGAGGGAGAAAACACACACACGGAAAAAAAAUUGUAAGCACUUUUUUUUGUAAAACCAAUGUCUGUUUUGUUACAUACCUUUCAUGUUGUGCUUUGUAAAUGUCCUAUUUGUGUAAUAAAUAAAGUUAAUGCAAGUAGAAGUGCGGGCACUUAAAUCCAGAA